AUGGCCACGGGAAUGGUUAGUGGGCUGCGGAUCGUAGUGCUGCACCGGCACAAUGGCGAUUUUGGGUUCACUUUGCGCCACUUCAUCGUCUAUCCGCCCGACUCCGUAACGAGCUCCGCCGCCGCUGCCGCCUCCGCCGGCCCGAUCCCGGGAGUCGGGAUGCUGAACUUCGUGCACCCGAUGGACACGGUGUUCGUGAAGAAGGUUCACCCGAACAGUCCCGCCUACCUGGCCGGGCUGCAGGAGGGUGACCGGUUGCUAGCGGUCAACGGUGUCCCGGUGACCGCCAUGCCGUACUCGCACGUGGUGGCCACCAUACAGCAGACUCCGAAAACGCUCACCCUGCAGGUGGUGCCGAAGAACUUCGACAUACUACAAACGUUCUUCAGCGAAACUGCUCACAAUCCGGAAACGAAUCAACGGCGGCCGCCGCAACCGCAGACCUUCGCGCCGAAGGUGCUGGUGCCGAUACCGAGGCCCCCGUUCGUGCCGCUCACCGUCGAGGGCGUGCAGGAGAAGCAGGAAUCGCUGUACAGCACACUGCAGGAGAUCGUGACGGAGAAUGGCAAAGGUGUCGGGGGCGCACUCGACCCGGGAGCGCCCAAGCAGCAGCUGCCGGCCAUUUACGCGGAUGUACCGAAGCCGCUCGUGACCGUGCUCCAUCAGCAGCAGCUGCAGCCACCGUACCGCUACCUGCAGAAACAGCAGCAGCAUCCGUACCCAGCGGGCCCGGCGGGGCAAAGCAAGGAGGACAACGCAAUCAUGUCGCGGUUACGCCGAAGCCUCGAGCAGAAGGAAGAAUUUUUGCGUCGUCCCCUGAUGCCGCCGCCACCGCCGGUGCAGCAGGGCGGUGCUGGCGGUGGUGGGGUGAUCAAGGGGGCGAACCGGAAUUCGAUGUCCCCGCCCGGUGGCGGCCCCGAUCGGGACGUGUUGCAGCGCGAGUUCUACGGGCGACCGAACCGGCUGCAGAAGUCCGUCUGGCCACCGGCCGUUUCACCAACACCGUUGCCGCCCACGUCACCAUCGGUCACGGCCGCACCAUACGAUGUAUACGCUCCUCCGGCUCCCGCGAAGGGGGCCACGUUUGCCGGUCCCUCGCACGCGUCCAAUCUGUCCGCCAUCCGCGAGCUCUUCUUUACGGGUGACGUACGGAGCGGCGCACCGGGCAGUGAGGCGCCACCGGUGGGCGACGAAUCGUUCGGGGGACCACCGGGGGCCAGCGGCGUGCCGCUGUCACCGUACAGUAUGCACGUCGUCUCCGAGAAGGCGAAACUCUUCGAGUCCGGGCGGCCCCUCUCGCCGGAGGGCAUCGAUCGGAUGGAUCUGUACAAAAGCGAAAUUAGCCGGAUCAACACGAAACAGGUGGCCCCGAAUGUGGCCGUGCGGAGGCGAGAGUUCGAGCUGAAGGCCGAAGGUACGACCGGCUGGGGUAAACCGACCGCUGACGACCGGACUUCGUCGUCGGUGUGCUCCGAUUCCGACUCACAGCGGACACCGGUCCGGGUGCAAUCGCUGUCGGACGAAAUGAACCCAUCGCCGCAGGAAGCGAUCGAUAAGUUCCCGACUACCGAAGCGAACGAUGUCCUAGCACCGGUAGCGCCGCUGCGCCUGCACCGGGCGCACCGCGCCGAGGACGCCUCACACCGAAAUGCGAUCUGCAGCUCGACAGCGUUUUGGUUGCAAGGGCCCGGUCCCCUGGCACUGUGGCCCGAGCCGCUGACGGCAGCGGCGGCGGUUCACCGAGUGCGCCCCGCGCUGCCGGAGGCGACGGGCGUGGAGCAGAGCAAGCUCAAGCUGAUGCACCGGAAUCACACGAUCGUCGAGGUGGUUGGAGCCCACUACGAGCCACGCUUGCCACUGCAUGCCUCUAGCCAUGCCGAUGCCGCAAGUGCUGCAUCAGAUCUCGCCGCUGCCGCUACCGCUGCUCCUGCUGAUCAUUGCCACGGUUCACCGCCACUAGCGCCCCGCGUAACCUCCUUUCCCUCGUCAAAGGACCCCUCGUCGGCGAUGGGGCGCAGCUUGUUGCAUGUGUUCAGCACAGAAGACCAACGCUGGCAGGCGGCUGAUAGUGCUGCUGCUGCCGCUGCUCCAGGAUCGCACCAUCAACCAAACGGCUUCUAUGCUGGCCCAGCCGUCCGCAUGACGACGCUCGAAGUUUCCACAGAUGGGCCCGGAUCAGCGUCGCCGUCGCCGGUUGUGCUGCGCCAGAAGCAACACCACGGGCACCACGGGCAGCUGCACGAGGACGACGAACGCAAAAUGCGCCGGAUAUCGUACCUGCGCGCCACCGCCAGCGACAACCUGUUCCAGCUGAUGGACGCGGAAGCAGUCGCGGAAGCGGACACCGGUGAUCGAUCACCGGUGAUCGAUGUGCUGGGCAUGGAUCCGCCGGCUAGCGCACCGAUGGAGGUGUUGGUGACCACCGAACACGAUGAGCAUCCGAUGUUGCCACCACCGGUGCAGACGCUGACGGUCACGGCACCAUCCCUUACCGGUUCGCAGCCACCGACACAGCUGAAAAGUCUCAGCAGUGCCUUCCGCCCGUGGCGUAGGCCACACUUUACGAACGACAUCCAGCCGCUGCGGCGCCUUUUCGAUAGCGAUUCGGGCGAUACGGCUCCCACCACGGUACCGGUACCGGUGUCAGCUUCACUAGCGGAUCCGAUGUCCCCAACGGUCGUCGCCAAACCGUCGCUACCGGUGCCCCCAUUAUCGUACGCACUGGAGGGCCGCCCGGCUCCGGGUGGUGGGAUGCGCCCAGUCGGGUCCGCCUCCAGCCUGGGCAGCCUGCACGUCGUCACGAUGACGAUGCCCGGGGGCCAGGUCAUGAGAAACUACUUCUUCGCCCCAAGCCACGGUGCCAAGUCGAAAGCUUUGUCGCACUUCCGGGACGAGCCGGCGGACGCUUCCGAGCCGCUGCUGCGGGCGGGCGAACUCCACGUGAAGGUGACGGUGAUCGACGGCAAGCGGUCGGUGGAUCGCACCUGGCGCCACGUGCACGCCGAGCUGCGCGGAACCCGCCUCAAGCUGUUGCUGGUCCGCGAAGGCAAAUCCUCGCUGCUGAGCCCGGACCCGUGCGGUACGAUCGAUCUGACGAACUUCCACGUAUCGGAGGGCGGCAAGCAAACGAAGCGGAAGAAUGUGAUUCGCCUGGCGACGCCGUUCGGAUCGUACUGCCCGUUGGAAGGGGCGGCCGCUACCGCCACCGCCACCGCCAUCGGUUUGCCGACCCAACCGCAGCAGCACCGUUAUGUUGUUGAAGCCCAGCCGUCGUCCGGGCUGGCCGGACUGGCACCGAGUGACAUCGGCGCAGCCGGAGCAGGCGGCGGUGAAGCAGCGGCAGGUGGCAGCGGCUCCGCACCAACACCGGAGCGCGAGAUACUGCUGCAGGCGGACAGCUCGACCGAGGUGGCGCAGUGGAUGGAGCUACUGCGGAGCGUUUGCAGCGGCGGCAAAGGAAGUGGUGGUGGCACCAGCGCUCCACUUCGCAAUCCGGACUGCCCGACGAAGAGCGUGGGCGGCCAGCAGGCGGAACCGCAGCGUGUUGCGGCUCAAACCAGCGUACAGGUGCAGAGCGUGCCGACGACGGGCGACGGUGGCGGCGAGUACUCGCCGAUUCUGCCGACGAAACCGAACCGAAAGUACGCGCUCGGAGCCCGCUCACCGUCCGGCCAGUCGCCGGUCACCAAGAGCCGCAAGACGCCGACUCACGCCGGCGCGGAAACAACCGGAACCGAGUUGGACCCGCUGCAGCUCGGUGGUGGCGGAGGCUCGGACCGGGAGAACGGAUCGCCCAAGUCGAAGACGUGGAAGGGCAUCGUCGCUCGCCAGUUCCGCAAGAUGCAAGGCCAACCGGCGGCGCCCUGUGGUGGGCAGCAUCAUUCACAGCACCACCCGCACCACCAAGGGUCGCACCACCCCCACCACCACCAUUAUCAGCAGCAGCAGCAGCAGCAGGAGCUGACGGGCCCUGGGCUGGCGGGCGGGCCGUCGAUCAAUGUGCCACUGCCGAUGUGCCCGAUGUCGGAGGAGCUCCCGUUCGUGCCGCUCGUGCUGGCCAAGUGUACGGCGAUCGUGGAAUCGAAGGGCCUGGCGGUGGUGGGCAUCUACCGCAUCCCGGGCAACACGGCCGCGAUCACGCACCUCACGGAAACGGUGAACCGCGGGUUGGACGAGGUCACGCUGCAGGACCCCCGUUGGGAGGACGUGAACGUCGUGUCGUCGCUGCUGAAGUCGUUCAUCCGCAACCUCCCGGAACCGCUGCUACCGAACGCACUGUACGGUGGGUUCAUCGGGGCCGACAAGCUCGGUGGCCAGAAGCGGCUGAUCGAGCUGCGGGCGCUGCUCCGGCGCAUACCGGUGCUCAACUACGACACGCUCAAGCACCUGAUGCGCCACCUGCACCGCGUCAGCACGCACAGCGAGAUCAACCUGAUGGAUCCGCGCAACCUGGCCAUCGUGUUCGGUCCGUCCGUUGUGCGCUCGGCGAACGAGUCGCUCGAAACCGCCGUCAAGGAUAUGCGCCACCAGUGCCAGAUCGUCGAAGUGCUGAUCAACUACUAUCAAUACUUCUUCGAGGACGCACCGCUGCCGGCGAUGGACGAGAAGAUGAUCAGUGCUUGCGCCGUCGAGUCGGCGAUGGAUGUACCCCCCACGACCACGCUGCUGCUGGACAAUGUGUCGAAACUGGAACCGUUCAGGGACUCGUCGUCGUCGGCCAAGGAUAACAACGCUGGGUUCGUGGCCAACAUUGUUCAGGCGGCCAACCGGAAGAUUCGUCGCACCGCACAGCGCAAGAGCGUCCUAUCCUCGACGACGCCCGACACACUGUCGCUCGACAGCACGACGUCGGCCGAAUCGAAGGAGCAAUCGCUGCGCACCAUCACCCGUAGCCGGUACAUGGAUAUCACUAGCGGCGGCGGUGUUGGUGUUGCUGGUGGUGGUGGUGGCCCCAGGGCGGUGGUGGCGGUUUCGACGGUCGCUGUUGUGGAUGGCGGGACUCUGAGCGUGCUUCCUACAAGCAUGGCGGCUCCCCACCGGCCGACGGCGGCCACGGUAUCUGGUGGCGGCCGCGGCAGCCUAACCGAAGACAGUGUCACGGUGGCGCACACCACCGCUGGUGGUGGCGGCGUCGUCGGCGGCGGCCGAGCCAUGGCCGAGGAAAGCUUGCUGCAGUUGCACCACCAUCACCAUCAUCAUCAUCACUAUUACCAUAGCAAUCGGCACCACAGCGCCCAAAGCAACGACGAUGCGUCCUCACUGCUGAACCGCUCGUCCGAGGACGACUCGAAUGACAGUGCGUUCGCCGACAAUGGCUCGAUGUCCCUGAAGACGGUGACGAUCGCGCUGGACAACAAGCUGCGUUCGCUGCGCAACACCUCGAUUAACAGCUCGGACGCGGACGCCGUGCUCGAGAGCGAUGGGGAGCUGAGUAGCGGUUGCUCCGCCUCGCUGACGGCACCGUCGAGCAAUGGGCAACAGCGUCGCCACUCGCUGCACCAGAAGUACCACAUCAGCCUUAGCGCACGCCCGCUCACGCUGGGCGGCGAGAACAUACCGUACGCGGACGAGUCACCCGAACGGCGGCCACCGAACCAGGGGCGCGCGAAAUCCGUCCCCGAAGCACCGGUGCCGGAUCUAGAGGCCACCGACGAAAGCGACACGACAACGACGACGAAACCGCACUGCACGGAAAGCAAACCCAAAAGGAGCAACGAUAAAGAUAACAAUGGUAACAGCACGGCUUCUACUAUCACUACUAAUACUACUGACAGCAGCAGCAGCAGCAGCAGCAACAGCAGUCCAGGUGCUGGCCAGAGUGGCGCCACGACCGGCGAUAACAAUAACGGGGACAACGGUACGGCCAAGCACGGCCAGCCACUUUCGACCGUGAAAAAGACAACCGUUUCGCAUCCUUACCGGCCGAUCGACAGCGCCAGCGACGCUUCGAGCAACAACUCGAGCACCAACGUCAGCUGCCUAACGCUGGUGAACGAGGUGAGCGUCGCCGCCGAACGGGGCGAGGACGUGGACGGGUCAGCGGCACACGACGCCAAGAAAUUGCUACACCCGGAGACGCUCGGACUCAGCUCGGACGAGACGGACUCGUCGACCACGAGCAACCAGUGCGAGAAGCGGACGGCGGCAGCAGCGGCCCCGAUCGCCGCUCCGUACCGCAUCGACACGGAGGUGCUGAAGAAGAUGAACCGCAUCCUGACGCAGCUGGAGCGCAAGGCGAACAAUCUGGAGCGCAAGUUCAACCUGAAUCGCUCGCUGUCGCUGAACUACAAGACGACGAAGGCGGUGGACUGUUGCUGCGGCCACCACGAUGCGGGUCCGAUGCUGGCGGCCCCGAUGCUACCACAACCGCACUGCUUCCAACAGCAGCUCAGCAUGCCAGCGGCCGGCGGGCCCGCCUGUCACGGUAGCACCGGGUGUAUGUUCGCCGGCGGCGGUGGUCCGCCGCUGAGCCUGCGGUCACGCCUGUCGCUGACGAAGGACGAGAAGACGGACAAAAACAUCAACCGACGGCGCCAGAUUCACGACAUACACACCACCACCGGCAGCAGCAGUGGCGGUUUGGGUUGCGUCGUGACUGCCACCGCUGCCAGCAGCAGCAACGGCAGCAGUGCCACCAGCGGAGGCAGCAGCAGCAGUGGCGGUAGUAGCAGCAGCAGCAGCAGCAGCAGCAGUAACAGCAGCUACGGAGAGCCCGCUACAGUGGGGCCACUCUCACCGGUGCAUCCGGUGGUUGCCGGUGGUCCGGGAGUAGCCGCCGGUAGCCGGCACCGGCGGCACGGAAGCCGAUCGAUACGGCGGCGCCAUACGGUGGGCGGUACGCACGAUUAUUUGUCGAACAAGAUGCACCACCCCGGUAACCAGCAUCACCAUCAUCACCACCACCAUCAAAUGGGCCCCCCGGACUGCUGUCCGGUGCCACGCAAUUAA